UUUUUUAUAAAUUACGAAAAAUAUCACAGAGAAAGCACUGCUGGUGAUACAUUAGGAGUCAAUUCUUUAAUCUGUUCUUUCGCGCAAAAUGGGUUUGCAAUUUGGUAAUUUACCAAUACGAAUUCGUAGAAUUGUAUAUUACAGUCUGUCGCCAUUGGAGCAACGAGCCUGGGCAAAAUCGAUAACGCACGGAGUGCCCCAUAUGAUGAAAAGAAUAAUGCGUUUACUUCCACCGAUGAUUCCAGGAUUUACAAUGACAGUUGUGGUGAUUACGUGGGCGAAUGCAGCACAUGAUCGAUAUACUCGCAAAGAUCCCAAAUUAUACGAGGGCGACAAGUGAAUGCAAACAUUGAUUAAACUAAUUUUAACAAGCUAUUUUUGCUUUAUAAAUAAAAUUUCCAUUCGAUAUUGUUAUCUGUUUGAAAUUGUUUCCAGAGUUUAAUGA